UAAACAUAACCCGCAGGUACCUUUUUCUUUCUCAGCGGUCUACGGUCUACUUUUUUCCACCUUUUCCAACUCACCAUCUGAAUCCGAUUGCGCUGCUCUCGCGACUUCAAUUUCGCCAUUGUUCAAUCUCACCCACCGUUUCUUCAUCUGCAUCUUAUCACCAGUACUCUUAUACACUCAUAUACGUAUCCCCCCGAACUCAAAAGUCACGAUGGCUAGCAAUAACGGCGUUACCGUCCCCGGAGACGCUGCUGCCUCCAAGGCCGAGGAGAUCCAGACCAAGGGCAAGGGCAAGGCGGCCCAGGAGCCGGUUGACACCACUAUGGAUGAGGACGAGGAAGACGAGGAUGAAGAGGAAGAGGGUGAGGGCGGUGAUGACGACGCCGAUGACAACCUAGACGAGAUCGAUCCUGGCAAUAUCGUAGAGGGCGGUCGACGUACUCGAGGUCGUGUCAUCGACUGGGCCAAGGCAGCUCAAGACAACCCUGCCGAGGACGACGAUGACGACGAUGAGGAUGACUACGAGCCCGCGGUCGAGGAGCACGACGGCGACAAGAUGGACGAGGACUAAAUUGAGCACACACCGCCUUCCGCCCCGCUUGUGCGCCAGCUAGUUGGAUAGGGGAGUUCCAACUGGAUUUGAGCGAGCUGCCCGCCUACCUGUCAAUCAAUCACAAAUAUCCUCACACAUCGUUACUUGCCCCCUCGGUGUCUGGUAGUUUCGUUGCCGGCAUCUAUCUCCGCUGCUUUCGACGUUCGAUCUUGCAAAAAACAUGAACACGCGUUCCAGACGGGAAUGGAGUCAAUAGUCGAAUGCAACAUGACUGUAGCUUAGAUCUACCAUUACUCCUGACUGGUGGCCUGGCAUAAACCCAGGACACGAAUAUGCGCAUGAAUACAAGAAAAUGAGUAUAUUGCCACCAUCUAUAUCUUCGUAACCACAACCACUACCAUUAUUCAUUAUUACUCAGAUGUCGGUGAACUGGUUAGGUAGCCAUACGUGAAGCUAAUAGUUUACCAAUCCUCC